GUCAGGAAGGGGAGGAGGAAGGCGAGGGCGCGGAGGAGGACCAGCGAGCUCGUGUAUUGCGGCAGUUGCGUGAGGAGCAACAGCGGGAGCUGCAGCGGCGGCAGCGGAGGGGCAGCAGAGGCGAUGAUGAGGAUGUGGAUGAUGAGGGUGAUGAGGACGAGGAAGACGAAGACGAAGAGGACGAGGACGAGGAGGGUGAACGGGCGGCGGUUAGCGUGAGUGCCUCCAAGCUGCGGCGGCUGGUGGCAGCUGCGGAGGCCGAGGGGCUGCCGCUGGAGGACACCCUGGCGCAGGCGGUGGCCAUGGGUGUGCGGCUGCGUCCCUCGGUGCUGCGGGCGGUGGGGCUGCAGCCGCCCUCUCAGGAGGCGCUGCAGCGGGCGCAGGAGGAGUACGGAAGGGCGUUUGCGGAGUGGGCCCAGUCGCCGGGGGGUCCGCUGGCGGCCUCCUCAUCCCACCAUGGAGGCGACGACCAAGACGAUGCUGACGUGGAUGGCGAUGACGACGACGAGGGCGAUGAUGGCGCUCAUGUCAGCAACGACGAGGAUGGAGACGACGAGGAGGGUGAUGAAGUUGCUGAAGAGGAUUCUGACUGGGGUUCCGAAGGACAGCAAGCUGCUGCUGCCGCUGGAGGUUUCGGGGCCGCUCGUAGCAGUACCCCUGCUCCCCCGCCGCCAGCGCCGCCCCUGCCGCUGCCGCCACUGCCCGUCAAGCCGGCAAGCCGACCCUGGGGAGCCAGCUUUGGACGGUCGCGGCGGCCUGGGCUGGGCGGGCCUGCGGGGCGGUAGGCGGGAGGUUUCUCUGGCUUUCUCUUGCCACGUGUGCGAUCUGUACGGCAGUGGUGGUAACGGUAACGGUCACUUCCAGCAGGGUAUAGCCACAGCAUCGUGCCGAUGCAGCUGUGACCGUCAGCGGCCGAACCAGGUGGAGGCAUGCAAGGAGUUUGGGUAUCGCGUUGUGACUGCUGGGAUGCCUGGGUAGGUGGUGGUGUAGGGAGAAGCGGUGUGGUUUCGCUCUUAGGGGACGGGGAACGCAUCAGUAAGCGGUCGCGGCAUUCAUGGCAUUAUGAGGAGGAGGUUCGCCAGUGAUGAAUGGAGGCAGCAGUGAAGACGUAAAGCCUCCGCUGUGCCGCUGAAAAGCCCAUCGAAGAGCAUCCAGGUCAUUUUGCAGGGUCACGUCG